AUGGAGCUACUACGAGAUACAGCGUUCGGACACGUUGUCCGGUUCGUGACGAAAGGAAAACUCAGACAGUUUCAAUACUACGAAGAACGAUAUCCCGAAGUGUGGCGCGAAUAUGUCGACGCGGAUAAGACUGCCAACGUCGCACGCUACGGCCAAGUAGAGCCACCCGACCAGGAGUUCGACAAGGCCGAUAACGAAGAUGACGAUAAUUGGAGAAGAGGCGCCAGCAUCGACUCUGCGCGAACAAGGGUUGGCACAAGGAUUGAUCCUGAGAAGGGCAAGAACAUUCAUCUUGUUGCUUUUCUACCCAACGAUCCUGAGAACCCUCAGAAUUGGUCUUUGAAGAAAAAGGUCUUUGUGACUUUCCAAAUAUGUCUACUUACCGUCGGCGUGUAUGUCGGCUCAGCCAUCUACAGCGCUGGUGUGCUGGAUGUGAUGCAAGUAUUCGGCGUAAGCCAAAUCGCUGCUUUACUCGGCCUUACGCUUUUUGUGGCAGGCUAUGGCCUGGGCCCGAUGAUCUGGAGCCCCUUAUCCGAAAUCCCUCAGAUCGGCCGCAACCCGAUAUACAUCAGCACUCUCCUCCUUUUUGUGCUCCUUCAGAUUCCCACCGCAUUAGCAGUAAACUUUGGCAUGCUACUGGCUUUCCGAUUCAUUACGGGAUUCGUCGGCUCGCCUGUCCUAGCGACCGGUGGCGCCACUCUGGCAGAUAUCUGGUCACCGAAGAAAAGAGCCUACGCCAUGGGAAUCUGGGGCGUCGCGGCAGUUUGUUCUCCCACACUAGCUCCCGCAAUCGGGGGGUUCGCAGCCAUGGCAAAAGGCUGGACCUGGCCCAUUUGGGAGCUGAUGUGGUUGAGCGGGUUCGCGUUCGUUCUCCUGUUCUUUUGCCUUCCGGAAACAAGUGCCAACAAUAUCCUAUAUCGACGAGCAAAACGUCUUCGGAAGCUCACAGGAAACAACAAGCUCAUGAGCGAAUCCGAGCUGAUGGCAGAGGAGAUGACUCCGAGGGAUAUCGUGAUGAUCUCGCUGGUUCGGCCGUUCACAUUGAACUUCACCGAACCCAUGGUCUUCCUUCUGAACCUAUACAUCGCCCUGAUCUAUGGGCUGCUCUAUAUCUGGUUCGAAUCCUUCCCUAUUGUUUUCACCGGUAUCUACGGGUUCAGUCUUGGCCUUCAAGGAGUCGCUUUCAUGGGUAUCUUAGUUGGUGCCUUGAUUGUGAUUCCGCCGUUCUUCUGGUAUUUGCACAAGUAUCUCGAACCACAGUUCGACGAAAACGGAGACAUCCAGCCAGAAAAACGUCUCCCUCCUGCAUUCAUCGGCGGGUUUGCCAUCCCCAUCUGCCUCGUUUGGUUCGGCUGGUCAGCAAGACCAGACGUCCACUGGAUUAUGCCCAUCAUCGGCUCGGCGUGGUUCAGUAUCGGGUCGUUCCUGUUGUUCAACUCCGUCCUAAACUACUUACCAGACGCAUAUCCGAAUGUUGCAGCCUCGGUGCUUGCUGGGAAUGACCUCUUCAGAAGCGCAUUUGGUGCGGGGUUCCCAUUGUUUGCAAACGCCAUGUACACCAAGUUAGGAGUUGCCUGGGCGAGCUCCCUUCUGGGUUUCUUGUCCAUCCUGUUCAUUCCCAUACCUAUCAUAUUGUACAAGGUCGGGACAAUGCUGCGCAGAGAGUACAGCAGGCAUGCGCGGAAGGAUAUCUAG